UCAGUAAAUGACAAGAAAUAUAUAUUUACAAUAUAUGUGAUCUUAAUUAAUUAAAAGUGAGAAAACUAACUCCACAACAACACUUGAUUGAUUGUCAUUUGGCAUAAAUUAAAACACUCAUCGCCUGCAGCCGCUACAACGACACAGCUGCAGCAGACUUGUUCAGUAUAUAAGAAUUUCCCGAUUCGGCCUUACUAAAUCUGGAUUUAAUUAAAAGUCGUCUAAGAAAAUUAAAUAUAUAUCAAAAGUCAUGGAGAAAACAGAUUCUUUCAAGAGACAGGAGGAGGAGUACCGGAGAAAGACGCGGCGGCGCUUCAUCAUCAUCGCCCUAUCCUCCGUCUUGCUGCUGCUACUCGUGAUCGGAUCCGUAGUCGUUCCGGUCACAAACAGCGCCUCGUCUUCCUCCAAUGAGAAGCAGUCGAUCGAGUCGGUGUGCAACGUGACAUUGUAUCAAGAAUCCUGCUAUUCCAGCAUCUUCGCCCUCAAACAAUCCACCAAGACCUCCAAUUCCAAUCCCGACACCCCCAAGCAGAUCUUCAUGCUGUCGUUGCAGGUCGCAUUGAAUGAGCUAACAGCCCUCAAAUCUUCCACCUUCCGUGGAAACGGCUCCACCUAUAAGGCGUUGGAUGUUUGCAGUCGCCUCGUCGAAGACGCGGCGGAUCACGUCAACAUGUCCGCAUCCUCUCUGAGUAAUUCGGACAGCAUUCAUUGGGCCGAGGAUGUAAGAACUUGGCUCAGCACAGCAAUCACGGAUCAACAGACAUGCUUGGAAGCCCUAACUAAUGAGUCUGCAACAGAAAUCAGAGCAUCAAUGGCCAACGCCGCCGUUUUCACUAGCAACAGCUUGGCGAUCGUGUCCAAGAUCCCCGCCCUCAUUCAAGGCAGAAGGAAUAAAAGAGCAGUGCAGUCAGUUGGGGUGGAGAUGGCGGAUCUGAGACCUAAUCUGACCGUCGCGAAAGACGGCAGCGGUAAUUACAAGACCAUUACUGAAGCCGUGAACGCCAUGCCUAAGAGAAGCAAACGGAGAUUCUACAUCUACGUUAAACGAGGCGAGUACAAUGAAAACGUGGUCGUGGGCAAAGAUUCUUGGAAUCUCAUCAUGUACGGAGACGGAGCGGAGAAGACCGUCGUCUCCAGCAACUUGAACAUCGUGGAUGGAGUUAGCACUUACGACAGUGGCACCUUGAUAGCAGAAGGGCGCGGGUUCGUGGCGAGAGACAUGGGAUUUAAGAACACGGCGGGGCCGGAAAAAUUCCAAGCAGUAGCCGUGCGAUCAUCGGCGGACCAUUCGAUAUUCUACCGGUGCCACAUGGAGGGGUACCAAGACACCCUGUUCACGCACUCGAACCGGCAGUUCUACCGCGAGUGCGUGAUCAGGGGCACCAUCGAUUUCAUAUUUGGAAACGCGGCGGCGGUGUUCCAAAACUGUAGCAUUGAGGCGAGGCAGCCGAUGAAAGGGCAGUACAACACGAUGACCGCGCAGAGCAAGUCCGACCCCAAUCAGAACACGGGCUUCUCGAUCCAGCGGUGCAGCAUAGGCCCGCAGGGGAACCUGACGGCCCGGACUUACUUGGGCAGGCCCUGGAGAGUGUACUCGACCACAGUGGUGUUGGAGACGGGGAUGGAGGGGAUCAUAGAUCCUGAGGGGUGGACUGUGUGGGAGCCCGCAACUCAAGCGCCCGACUCCAUAUUCUACGCUGAAUACAAGAAUAACGGGCCUGGAUCGGGCCUUAGUGGCCGAGUAACGUGGCCCGGAUACAAGCCCGAGAUUAAGGAUGAGGAGGCUCAACAAUUUUCUGUCCAAAAUUUUAUCCAGGGGAAUCAAUGGAUAGACGGGCUAAAUAUCGGGUACGAUCCACACAUAUGACCUACAUUCAUGUAUUUAUUUCCCUUUUUUAUUUGUACUUUGUUUAUUAUUUUUUUUUCUUUCCCCAAAACUAUAUAUCUUCAACACAUUUUGUUUGUAUUUUCAGUUCGGUUGAAAAUCGAACUUAAAAUAAAAG